UUUUUUUCCUUCUGUUCCCUUUCUAGUAGUUUUGGCUAGCUGUUGUACACACUGAGCAUCCAAUAGUUAAUGAUUCAGAUUCACCUCUUUUCUUUUAUUCAACAUUUCGACAUCAUCCCUUUAAUUUGGUUAUAAAUACACAUUGCCUUCUCAUAUAUUUAUCAUCAGUUGUCGUUUGUAUUUUGAAACUUGAAGAAAACAAAAAUUACAAAACUUUAGUGUGCUUCGAUACCGUUCAAAACGAUGAGUUAUUCUCAUCAAAGCAUGGGUUCUGGUAGUAGAAAUGCAAGGGGAUAUGAAUUUGGAAGGACUUAUGUUGUGAGGCCUAAAGGAAAGCAUCAAGCCACUCUAGUAUGGCUUCAUGGUCUUGGAGACAAUGGCUCUAGCUCUUCUCAGCUCAUGGAAAGCUUGCAUCUUCCAAAUAUAAAAUGGAUUUGCCCGACUGCUCCUACGCGUCCUGUUUCAAGUCUUGGUGGAUUUACCUGCACUGCAUGGUUUGAUGUUGGAGAAAUUUCUGAAGACGGUCAUGAUGAUAUGGAAGGUUUAGAUGCAUCAGCUUCACAUAUUGCUAACCUUUUGUGCUCUGAACCGGCUGAUGUUAAAGUGGGGAUAGGAGGUUUUAGCAUGGGAGCAGCAAUAUCUCUCUACUCUGCCACUUGCUAUGCUCUUGGACGUUAUGGCACUGGCCACAGUUACCCUAUAAACCUACGAGCUGUUGUAGGACUCAGCGGCUGGCUUCCCGGUUGGAAGAGCAUAAGGAACAAAAUAGAAUGUUCGUAUGAAGCUGCAAGGCGUGCUUCAUCGUUACCAAUCAUACUUACACAUGGAAUGGCCGAUGAUGUGGUUCCUUAUAGGUUUGGAGAGAAAUCUGCGCAGUCUCUUGGCAUGGCUGGAUUUCGGCAAACCGUGUUUAAGCCAUACCAAGGACUUGGUCACUAUACUGUUCCUAAAGAAAUGGAUGAGGUCGUUCAUUGGCUCACAUCGAGGCUGGGGCUCGAGGGCUCACGCUAAACAAUACAGACUGUGGUGCAUCUAGCUAUAUAUGGCAGAGGCGGACCUACAUAGAAGAAUGGGGUUGCAAUUGACACACGUUGAAAAUAAAAUUUUAAUUUGUAAGCCUACUUUUGUAUUGGAUAUUGGCUUAGUUGGUCAAUUUCUUGUUUUGAUGACGACCUAUGUAAAUCUACCACGUCAUGAUGGGAAUCACAUUCAUGAAUAUUGAUUUAUUACUUAAUGCGUUAUGUAAUAAGCGACGAAGUUCGAAACU